UCACGUUGGUCAAAGCUCAAUGUCAAUUUUGUAGAGUAAUCGAGGAUUAUAAUUUGCAUCACUUUAUUCCGACCAAGUUUUGAUCGUCGAAAAUCUCGUUAAUUCGUUCGUCUUGUGCUUUUCACUCAUCUCGAUUAAGUUUUCGAAUCAAUCAACAUGUCAUCUAACGUAUCACCGCCGCCAUUCUACGACGGUUUGGGCAGAAGCGCUAAGGAUUUGUUCAGCAAAGGAUACAAUUUUGAUACAGUGAAAUUAGACGUGAAAACCAAAACUCCCACCGGUGUUGAAUUCCAAUGCGGCGGAACUUCUCAUAUCGAUUCCGGCAAAGUUCUAGGAACUUUACAGACUACGUAUAGAUUCAAAGAAUACGGUAUCAAUUUCACGGAAAGAUGGAACACUAGUAAUGUGCUUUCAACCGAAGUAUCAUUAGAUGAUUUAUUCAAAGGUGCUAAAUUCUCCACCGAAGGUACUUUCGCCCCUCAGACCGGCGAUAAAACUCUGAAAGUAAAGGGGGAAUACAAAAACAACUACGUAGCUUUCAACAGUGAUGCUGACUUCAAAACAGCUACGCCUCUUGUUUCGGGUUCUGGAGUACUUCAGUAUAAUGGUUGGCUCGUCGGUCUUCUUUCGAAGUUCGAUACGAAAGAUUCCAAACUGAAGAGUACCAACUUAGCUUUAGGAUACACUACUAAAGAAUUCGUUAUUCACACCAACGUGAGCGAUGGAAAGUUAUACAGCGGUCACAUUUAUCAAAAAGUGAAUCCUUUCCUCGAAACUGGUGUUGAAUUGGCAUGGUCGUCGGAAAACAACGAUACUAAAUUUGGACUAGGUUGUAAAUACACUUGGGAUCGUGACACUACUGUUCGAGCUAAAGUGAAUAAUUCUAGCCAAAUUGGUCUCGGUUUCACCCAUAAACUUAAGGAUGGUAUUACCAUCACGUUAUCGACUUUGAUCGAUGGUAAAAAUUUCAAUCAAGGUGGACAUAAAAUCGGUAUGGGUAUUGAAUUCGAACCAUAAUGUCCAUUAGCGUCGUUGUGUAGCGUUAAAUAACAUUCUACUUUGUAAAGGAAAGAGUUGCUAUUCCGGUUUACAGGGAUUGUAAGCAGUGCAUUUUUACUAUAUAUACGUAGUGUUUCCAAUCUUUAUUUUAUGCUUUUUGUACACUAUGUUUGCUUAACGUUCCAGUUAUUUUAAAAAGUAAACGGUAUUACGUUGAAAAUAUUGUAUUCCUUUCUCAUUUCAACAACCAUUAAAAGUCUAUAGGAAAUAGAACCUUUAAUUGUUUUUCUUCUCAUUCUGUUUAUUUAUUUAUAAAUCUCUACAAAAUACGACUACUACGUCAUGUUGUUUUCAAAUGCAUCUUCUGUUCAUGAUUUUUUCCCUCUUGUGUACGAUUGAACAAAAUAUAAGUUGUAUGAUUUA